UCUCUCUCUCUCUCUCUCUCUCUCACACACACACACACACACACACAGAGCACAAAAAUGUGUCAGCAAACAUCUUUGCCACUGGCUUGCAAGUCCAAUUCAGACAGCGUGUUAACCUCUUUGAUUCCUCAAACUCCAACAUCUAAACAUCAACCGCAAACAAGUCAUCAAACCGAGAAACCCCACAAAACUACACAUCUUUCUUUAGUCAUUCAAGAAUACAAAUCCAUAGCAAAAAUAGCCUUCCCCAUGAUCCUAACUGGCCUUAUACUUUACUCUCGUUCUAUGAUUUCCAUGUUGUUUCUUGGCGGGCUUGGCGAUCUAGCCUUGGCCGGAGGUUCGUUAGCCAUAGGUUUUGCUAACAUCACUGGCUACUCGAUCCUCUCUGGUUUAGCCAUGGGAAUGGAGCCCAUUUGUGGACAAGCUUUUGGAGCCAAAAAGUACAAAAUUCUUGGUCUCAGCUUGCAAAAAACAAUCCUUCUGCUUAUUUUCACUUCAUUUCCAAUAUCUGUUUUGUGGGUCAACAUGAAAAAUAUUUUACUAUUAUGUGGCCAAGAUGAAUCCAUUGCAGCACAAGCUCAAGCAUACUUGUUAUAUUCACUUCCCGAUCUUUUUGCUCAAUCUUUACUACACCCUUUAAGAAUAUACCUUAGAACACAAUCUAUAACUUUGCCUUUAACAUUUUGUGCAGCCCUUUCAAUUCUUCUGCACGUUCCCAUAAAUUAUCUUCUUGUUUCAAGGCUUGGUUUAGGCAUCAAAGGUAUUGCACUAAGUGGUGUUUGGACUAACUUCAAUCUUGUCGGAUCAUUAAUUGUCUACAUAUUUUUCUCGAAAGUUUAUGAGAAAACAUGGGGAGGACUAUCCAUGGAGUGCUUGAAGGACUGGAAAUCCUUACUGAAUUUGGCCGUUCCUAGCUGCAUUUCAGUCUGCCUCGAAUGGUGGUGGUAUGAAAUCAUGAUUUUGCUCUGUGGAUUAUUGUUGAACCCCAAGGCAACGGUUGCUUCAAUGGGUAUUUUGAUACAAACCACUGCAUUAAUCUACAUAUUCCCAUCUUCUCUUAGCUUCAGUGUGUCAACCAGAGUAGGCAAUGAACUAGGCGCCGGCCGCCCAGAAACCGCUAAACUUGCAGCCAUUGUAGGCCUCUCCGGAAGCUUCAUACUAGGGCUUUCAGCACUGUUUUUCACAGUAUCAGUAAGGAACAAUUGGGCUAAACUUUUCACUCAUGAUAAGGAGAUUAUUGCAUUAACAUCAUUAGUUUUACCAAUUAUAGGACUCUGUGAACUUGGAAACUGCCCACAAACAACAGGCUGUGGGGUGUUGAGGGGAACAGCUAGGCCUAAAGUUGGAGCAAACAUUAAUUUAGGAUGCUUUUACCUCGUUGGAAUGCCGGUGGCGGUAGGUCUAGGGUUCUUCCUGAACUUUGAUUUUGAAGGGCUGUGGCUUGGACUUUUGGCUGCACAGGCAUCUUGUAUGGUGACAAUGAUGGUGGUUUUGCUUUUUACAGAUUGGGAGUUUGAAUCUCAAAGGGCCAAAGAACUGACUGGAUCAGCCAUUGUUGAUGACAGUGAAGAAAUUGAGGAAGAUAAGUCAAUAGGUGCACACGUCUCAACUGUGUAGCAGGGAAUAUGGUCCGUUGCUAUCCAAUCCUCUAACGGAACAUACCACUAAAACAGAAAUCAAGGAAGAUUAUUGUUUAUGCUAAUUAAUAACAGUAUAGUUUAUCAUUAAAGUGUAAAGUAGGAAGGGUAAUUUUUUUCUCUUUAUUAUUAUUAUUAUUAUUAUUGGCUUGCUAAUUUUCAUUGCUAGCCUUGAAAAUUUAAGCAUGCAUUUGUCUUUUGUAUUCUACAUAGGUAGCAUAUACCAAGAAUUUAAUUAAGUAUCAGCAGCCAUUUUGAUUUAACAAUGUAAUAGAGAGGUAGGUUUCAUUUGAUCUGUAACUAUAAGACACUUUUUUAUUUUCCUUGUGGGAAUUUACAGUUCUUGUUCGAAGAUGAUUAAAUGAUAAAUUCCUCCUCCUCCUCCUCCUCCUUCUUCUUCUUCUUCUUCACCAUUUUAUUGAGGAUUACGAGUUUGACAUGUGUCUUUGUAAGUGUUUUGUACCAAUAUAUAUCAUUGUUGUACACUUUUACUUCCA